AUGUUUUCGACGAGUUCACAGAGGAAAUUCUGGACAUUUAGUGAUGAAAGUGAGCUAGCUAGUCAACGCGAAAAGCACAACUUGGAGUUCAUUUCCAGACAUGGACAGCAUCUAGAUGAACACCAACGCUACAAUUACUUUCUAUCCCCAGAAGAAGAGAGACAAUUACUUAAACAAUAUGAGCUGCAUUUAAAAGAAUUCUGUAAAAGAUUCCAACCUCCCAUGCCAAAAGGCGUGAUUGGCACGGCGUUCCACUACUUUAAACGAUUCUAUCUCUACAAUUCAUCCAUGGACUAUCAUCCUAAAGAAAUUCUGGCUACAUGUGUAUACUUAGCUUGCAAAGUUGAAGAAUUUAAUGUAUCCAUUGGCCAGUUUGUUGCGAAUAUAAAGGGUGAUAGAGAAAAAGCGACUGAUAUAAUUCUAAAUAACGAGUUACUGCUGAUGCAGCAAUUAAAUUAUUACUUGACAAUACACAACCCUUUUCGCCCUGUUGAAGGUUUCCUAAUUGAUAUAAAGACAAGAUGCACACUGUCCAACCCAGAACGGUUGCGCUCUGGCAUAGAUGAAUUUCUUGAAAAGGUAUUUCUGACUGAUGCAUGUUUGUUGUAUGCUCCAUCUCAAAUAGCACUGGCUGCUGUCCUCCAUGCGGCUAGUAAGGAACAGGAAAAUUUAGAUAGCUAUGUGACAGAUAUGUUAUUUAGAGAUGCAGGGCCAGAUAAGCUUGCAAUUUUAAUUGAGGCAGUUAGAAAAAUCCGAUCAAUGGUGAAAAUGGUAGAGAGCCCUGCUCGGGAGAGAGUUCGGGUUGUUGAAAAGAAAUUGGACAGGUGCCGUAAUCAAGAAAAUAACCCAGACAGUGAGAUUUAUAAGCGCAGAAUGAGAGAGGCAUUAGACGAAGAUGAUGUCCAAUACACAGGAACUAGCCGAAUGUCCCUUGAUACUAGUGGUGUUACACAAGUUUUGUCUCCUUCAGCUUCUUAG